AAAAAAUUAUUCGCAUCGAAGUGAGAUAGACGCUCUCUCGUAUAUUUCUCAAAUUCCUAAUAAAUUGGGAUGUUUGAUUUCAUGCUAUUAGCUCUCAAUACUUGCAAAUUAUUUUUGAUUUGUUCAACUUUACCCAAUUUCAAUUCUAUCUAAAGAGCAGAAAAGAAAAUUGGGUUGCCGUGAGAUGAAGAUCGAGGAUUUGGGUGACGUGGAGAAUGAAGACGGCGAUUACGGCGCGAAGCAGUUGCAGAUAGUCAGAGUGGACGACGCCAAACGACUCCUAGUCGGAGCCGGUGCUCGUAUCCUCUUUUACCCCACCCUUUUGUAUAAUGUCUUCAGAAACAAAAUCCAAUCCGAAUUCAGAUGGUGGGACGAAGUUGACCAGUUUCUUUUGCUGGGGGCAGUUCCAUUUCCCAAGGAUGUUCGACGAUUGAAGCAGUUGGGCGUUGGCGGCGUCAUCACUCUCAAUGAGCCCUUUGAAACUCUGGUUUCCACUUCCUUAUAUCAUGCUUAUGGAAUUGAUCACCUUGUAAUUCCAACGAGAGAUUAUUUGUUUGCUCCUUCAGUUUCAGAUAUUAGUAGAGCUGUGGACUUCAUUCAUAACAAUGCAUCUUGCGGUAGAACCACCUAUGUACAUUGUAAAGCUGGACGAGGAAGGAGUACCACCAUUGUGCUUUGCUACUUAGUAGAGCAUAAGCAGAUGACACCUGCUGGUGCCCUCGAAUAUGUUCGGUCUCGAAGACCUCGAGUUUUGCUUGCCCCCUCACAGUGGAAGGCAGUUGUGGAGUACAGCAUGCACCGACAACCGGCUACUAUACACUCUCCUUCAGUAGAUGCAGUUAUGAUUACAAAAGCCGAUCUUGAAGGUUAUCAUAGCACAUUUGAUGAUAUUACUAGUAAGGAGCUUGUAAUCGUACCGAGGAUGGUGAGAGCCAGGCCAAUGAUAGCAAGAUUGUCAUGCCUUUUGGCAUCAUUCAAAGUCUCUGGUGUAUAUGGACCUGUAAGUGGGAGGCUUCAUGAAGCACGUGCUUGCUGACUGCUGCUACUUGAAAACAUUUUGUUGUUGUUGUUGCUUGUAUAGAUUGUAGAGGUCUGCUAAAUAUGUAUUUAAGUGUGUACGACAGAAAUAGGAGGAAAACUAUGAAACGCAGAAACCUAGAAGACUUCUUCAAUGGUAAUUGAUGUGUAGCAUAUGUUCAAUCAUACAAUCAGCUUUACUAUUUUAUAUACUCAAAGUUUAAAUUGUGCAAAA